AAAAGAAGGAGUAAGUACCCUAUUGGACGCUGUGGGUUUUGCCUCCACCCCUCCCUCUGUGUCGGGUUGGAUCCUGAUGUUAAAACUGCGUGACACAUUCCGUCCGGUGAGGCUUGGAAGGCUUUGGGAGCUCGGUCGGGGGCAGAGGCUCGGGGCUGUCCGCUUCAACCGUAGGAACGCCCUCGGGGUGAAGGGAAAGGCAAAGAAAAAAAAAAAAAACGGGGUCCGUCGGGGCGGGAGGGGAAGCUGGAGCCGGUUUGGCCGGACGCGAUCCGUUUUAUUGCCGAUCGUUAACCGCCGUGGACACCGCGGGGUCUCGUAAAUGCGUCCCCUGCGGCAGGACACCAUGUCAGCCGGCUCCAGCAACUUUCUCCUGCUUCCCAUCCCGGAGGUACCCGAGCUGGACUGCGCGCGCUCCCUGAAGCUCGUGGUGCUGGGGGGCAGAGGCGUCGGCAAGACGGCUUUGAUUGUCCGAUUUCUCACAAAACGAUUCAUAGGUGAUUACGAGCCCAACACAGGGGCUCUCUAUGCAAGGCAGAUUAUUAUCGACGGGGAUCACAUUUCAUUGCAAAUGCAAGAAACGCCAUAUGCUUCUCAGCCUGAGACAGAGGACCAUCGCAGCCAGGAGGUGCUGACCCGCUCGCUUCACUGGGCGGACGGCUUUGUCUUUGUCUUCUCACUGACGGACAUGGAGAGCUGCCGUGCCAUCCGCCCCAUCCACCAGCAGGUGAGGAAGCUCAUCCCGCACGCCAGGCUCCCGCUGGUGCUGAUUGGGAACAAGGCCGACCUGCCCCACGCACGGCAGGUGGACACCACCGAAGGCGUGCGGCUGGCCAGCGAGAUUGGAGGGACGUACUUCGAAGUCUCGGCCAGGGAGAACCACAGCGAGGUCUACGAUGCCUUUCACCAUAUCUGCCAGGAGGUCAGCAAAGCUUCGGGGAGCGGCAAUGGGGAGAAGAGGAGGGGCCUCCUCUCAUCUCGACCCAGAUCCCCAAACAUGCAGGACUUGGGCAGGCGUUUGAAACAGGCCCUUUCGUCCAAGGCCAAACCCAACAACAUGAUCUGAGGCCUGGCUCUGUGGGCAGAAUGUAGACAUUUUAUGGUGGUUUUGAGGAUGAAAAACGAAACUGAUCGAGGGUUUUAAAAAAAAAUUGGGAUGAUCCGAUACGGCGCCUUUCAC